CGGGAGCAUCUACAUCUAGCAGCAGCAGCAACGGAGGCAGCAGCAACCGCAGCAGCAGCAGCAGCAGCACAACCCAGAUCAACAGCAGCAGCAGCAGCAGCAGCAGCAAGAGGAACUCAUCUGUAGUGACAGGUGAGGCGAUGCUGGAGCAGCAUUCGUCUCCUCCUGCUGCACCAGCAACAGCACUUGCAGGUAGUUCACUGGACGAAGAGCAGCAGCAGCAGCAGGAACAGGAGCAGCAGCAGCAGCAGGAACAGGAGCAGCAGCAGCAGCAGCAGCAGCAGCAGCAGGAGAAGCAGCAGCAGCAACAGCAACUGCAGCAGGAGCAUUCACAGGAGCAGGAUCAGGGGCACGAGGCACAACAGCACGGGCAGCAAGAGCAGCAACCCCAGCAGCAGCAACAGCAACAGCAACCGGCUGCAGCAGCUACAGAAGAAGGCUGCUUGGCGGUUGUUGCUGCAGAAGAGCAGCAGAUAAACCCAGCGGAAGGAGACAGCUCAGAAGCAGUCCCUUCCCCCAGCAGCAGCGAGGCCUCUCGACAGCAGCAGCAGCAGCAGCAGCAACAGCAACAGCAGCAGCAGCAGCAGCGACUACUUCAGCUCAAGCUGCUGCAGCGGCAGCAGCAAUACCUUGCCUGCCUUGAGGAGACACCGCAGCACGAUGCUGCUGGCGCUGCAGCAGCCUCUCUCGUACAUUCUCUAGUCAGCAGGCUCCGCAGCAAGAGCAGCAGCAGCAGCAGCAGCAGCAGCAGCAGCAAGGACGACGACUCUGUGGCGCUGCAGCACAACGCAGCCAAUGCUGUUCCGUUGCAGCGCCUCCAGCAGCAGCAGCAGCAGCAGCAAAUGUAUGAAUGCCGCCCCGUGGGCCUCCCUUAUGGGCUGCCGUUGGCUCCAGCACAACAGCAGCAGCAGCAGCAGCAGCAGCAGGAACAUAGGGAAGAGCAGCAUUCGAAAGAGCAGCAGCAGCAGCAGCAGCUGGGAGACAUUACUGCAUGCGCUGUUGUUGAGGACUCAGCGUUGCUUGGCUUCCGCAGUGGUUUGCUGCUGCUGCUGCCUCUGGCGACUCGCGAGCAGCAGCAGCAGCAGCAACAGCAACAACAACGGCAGCAGCAGCAGCAACAGAAGACUGCUGACGCGGGCUCUCUGGUAAAUGGCUUUAAUGCUUUGGAGCAGCAGCAACAGCAGCAGCAACAGCAGCAGCAGCAGCAGCAGCAGCAUUGGGUGCUGCAGGGCCACAGCUCACAGAUAACGGACAUCAGUGUGGGGCCCCGAAGCCUCAUCGCCUCUGCUGCGCUUGAUGGUAGCGUGCUGCUGCACCUUCUGCCAGCAGUUAGCAGCAGCAGCAGCAGCAGCGGCAGCAGUUCAAGGGCGGCACGAGGAAAGAACGCAGCAGCAGCAGCAGCAGCAACAGCAGCAGCAGCAUGUUUGUUCGUCUCUCCUGAAUUGUCGAUUAAGUAUAAGAGCCCCGUUCUCAGUGUCUCUCUAUCCCCUGAGUGCUGGCAGCCUCUCUUCGCUGCGUCUUCAUUUGCUGCUGCUGCUGCUGCUGCUGCUGCUGCACCUGCUGCAGCAGCAGCAGCCUCGGGCAGCCCCCGAGCAGCAGCGGCAACAGCAGCAGCAGCAGGGCCUCCAGGGGGCCCUGUCUUCUCUCGCUUCCGCGCUUCCUACGCACAGCGCGAGGCAGCAGCAGAGCAGCUGCGGCAGCAGGAGCAGCAAGAGCUGCAGGAGCAGCAGCAGCAGCAGCAGGUGGGCAUGCAUGCAGUGGCAGCAGUGGGGUGUAUGGACGGCAGCCUGCUGCUGCACACGCGCGGCGUAUAUGCUGAGAGAGACGCGCUGCUGCAGCAAGGAGACAGCCCCUUGUGCUGCUGCAGAUGGAGAGGCAGCAGCUUAGCGUGGAGUGUUGCUGCUGGCUCUGUUUUUGUCUUUCAAUUAAAAACAAGACAGAAGGUUUGCUGCUUGCAGCCUCCCGCUGCAGCAGCAGCGGCAGCAGCAGCAGCAGCAGCAACAGCAGCAACAUACCCCGUGGGGACAGCAGCAGACGCGGCAGCAGCUAGUCCCGUUGGAGGAACCGCAGCAGCAGCAGCAGCAACAGCAGCAGCAGCAGCAGCAGCAGCGGGCUCUAGUGCUGCUCUGCUGCAUUGGCUAGACGAUGAUCUUCUUGCAGUCGCGUGGAGCUGCGAAGUGCAGCUGCUGCGGCUUGUUCGCUCUGCAGGCCCCAUUGCUGCUGCUGCUCCAGCAGCAGAUGCAGCAGCAGCAGCAGGUGCAGCAGCAGCAGCAGCAACAGUUAUUUCAGGGCAAGUUGUUGCUGCCAUCGAGCUGACAAGCAGCAGAGUUCUGGGCGCCUUCCUCAGUCCUGCUGUUGCUGCUGCUUCUGCUGCUGCUGCUGUUGCUGCUGCUGCUGGGCCUCUGCCGACGCUAUGCAUCGUUUCUCUAGAAAGUGCAGCAGCAGCAGCAACAACAACAACAGCAGCACCUGCAAUUGCUGCUGCUGCUGCUGCUGCGGACCCCGGUCCUGGAGUAGAGGACACCGCAGUUUGUCUAACGCUUGUAGCCUGCAGCAGCAGCACUCUCCUCUCCCGCCAGCAGCUGCAGCUGCCAGCAGCAGCAGCAGCAGCAGAAGCUCCUGCUGUUGCUGCUGUUGCUUCUACCGGAGAGCCGCUUGAGGAGAGGGAGACAGACGCUGAGAGCUGCUGCAGAACACGAAGAGACAACUGCUGGGUUGCUGCUGCAGUUGGCGGUACAGGCGGCUGUCUCCUUUGCUGCGGCUGCGAGGCCUUCAUGCUGCGGCCCCGGGAUGCACAAGACUCUGUGGCGUGGCUGCUGCAGCAGCAGCCGCUGGAGCUGUACGUACACCUGGCGCUCUCAACUGCUGCUUCUGUCUCUGCAGCAUUUGCUUUAGAGAAGGGGUUUGAGGCAGUGCGGCUGCUGCUGCAGCAGCAGCAGCAGCAAGCUGCAGCAGCGCUGCUGCCUUCCCUGCUGCUGCAACAAGACUCAGACUGGAUGGAGCUGCUGGGGCUUUUUUCUCAGCAUGACGCCCUUGCGGCGUUUGCUUCGCAGCUUCCUGCUGCUGCUGCUGCUGCUGCUGCUGCUGCUGCUGCUCGGGUCGCACCAGCAGCAGGAGCGGCAACUCCAGCAGCAGAAGCAGCAGCAGCAGCACCAGCUCCUCCCCCCUUAGCUCUGUACUAUGAACUGCUGCGCCGCCUCCUCCGGUUUGCAGGGGCCUGCAUCCGCAGCAGCGCAGGCGAGCAGCAAGAGCAGCAGCAGCAGCAGCAAGAGCCGCAGCAGCAGGAAGAGGAAGAGCAGCAGCAGAACAAUGAAAGGCAGCAUCAGAGGAAGGGUGCAGCUGAGGCAGAGGCUUUUUUGCGGUGUCUCUCUGUCUCUCCUGCUUUGCCUGCUGCUGUUUGCUGCGAACUGCUGCAGCGGCUGCUGCAGCUGCCGCUGCUGCGCUGCCUCGGGCCGUGGGGCCCCACAGCCCCCCAGGAGUCGGCGCUGCAGGCGCACGAACGUGUGCAGCAGCAGCAGCAGCAGCAACAGCAACAGCAGCAGCACAACCUGGAGGAGCAAGCGCAGCAGCUCCAAGAGCAAGAACACCAACAGCAGCACGAUCAACAGCAGCAACAGCAGCAACAGCAGCAGCAGCAGCAGCAGCAAGAAAGUAAUUCUAUUGUAGGAGAUCCUGUUGGAGAGCCUUUGCUUCGUGCCUGCGUGUUGCUGGCGCAUCGGCUGCGGCUCUUUUGCUGCUCAGCGCAUGCGUUGCUGCUGCUGCAGGACCCGCGUGCUGCGGUGUACAUACACCGCGUGUUGCUGCAGCCCUACGAUGCAGCAGCCCCCAGCCUUCCGGCCUCCGUAUCAGAUGGUGCAGCAGCAGCAGCAGCAGCAGCAGCAGAUGAUGCUGCAGGCGCUUUGAAUGGGGAAGAAGAAGAGGAACAAGGGCUGCUGCCUUCUGCUGAAAGUGCUGCUGCUGCUCUUGCUGCUGCGGUGCCGGGCUUGGCGCUGCAGCUGCUGCAGCUCGAUGCCCCAGAGGCGCUGUCGCUGCUGCUGCUUCGACUUAAUGCAGCAAAGCAGUGGCUGUCGCAGCCUUAUCCGCGUUGCUGCAGCAGCAGCAGCAGCAGCAGCAGCAGUGAUAGCAGCAGCAGCACGAACGACAAAUGUCUUUGUCAGUGCUGCAGCAGCAGGGGGUCUUUGUUGUUUGCUGCUGAUGCUGUUGUCUCCCGUCUGCUUUGCUGCGCUGCGCUGCUGCACACAUAUUUAAAGGCUGUCUUCAUCUCCUGUCCUGCUGCUGUGGAGCACUUGUCGCUGCUGCAGAUGAAGUUGUAUAUUAUGCUGGAGCCCUAUUUGCUGCUAGACUUCCUCCGCGCUGCGGACGGCAGCUAUGACUAUGAACAAGCCUACGCAAUGCUGCUGCACAACCCGCAGCAGCAGCAGCAGCAGCAGAAGCAGCAACAACAGCAGCAGCAGGCUACUGCAGCACAGGAUGUUGGCAGCCCUGUUGCGUCUGAUGCUGAAGGAGCGGCGGGCUUGUCUCCUUCGGCUGCUGCUGCUGCUGCUGGAGAUGGAGACCGAGAAGAGACACUUGCGCAGCCCGCAGCAGCAGCAACAGCAACAGCAGCGGCAGCAGCAGCAGCAGCAGCAGCAGCAGCAGGUGCUUCGGAAGACAUGCUGCAAUCUCUGCAUGCAUGCUUCUUGAAUAUGGGGCCCGAAGCACCUCGCGCUGCUGCCUUCCUGCUGCAGCGGCUAGGGAGAGAGGAGGAGGCGGUGCUGCUGCUGCUGCUGCGCUGCAGCGAUGUGGAGGCCGCUGUUUGCAUUGCUGAGGAAGCUCAAGCAGCAGCAGCAGCAGCAGCGGCUUCUGCGGCUGCUGCUGCUCCUGCUGCUGCAGGAGAUCCACCUCAGCAACCAGCGGACCCACAACCAGCAGAUGAGCAGCAGCAGCAGCAGCAGCAGCAGCAGCAGCAGGGUUAUGGAGGGUUGUGGCAAUUGAUUGUAUCGGUUUGUUCUUCACGUAGUCAUCUCCUUGUUGCUUUAUUAGAAGCAUUAGACAAACCUCUGCUGCAGCGCAGCAGCAGCGGCUGCUCGCUUCCCAGGAUAGCAGCAGCAGCAGCAGCAGCAACAACAACAGGAACGGCAGCGGCGAACGGUGGACCUGCUCGUCUCCAGCUUAUAAGAAGCGCCAGCGGCAGCAGCAGCGGCAACAGCAAAAGCAGCAGCAGCAGCAACAGCAACAGCAGUAAAAGGCUAACGCGCUGGCAUUUGCUGCCGCUUUCUCUGGGGCAGCAGCUGCUGCAGCUGGUCCCUGGGCCAGUGCAGCACUUGCUGCCAGCGAUCGAGCGUCGUGUUGCUUUGCUGCUGCAGCAGCAGCAGCAGCUGCUGGAGGUGCAGCAAGCAGCCUGCGCCUGUAUGGAGGCGGAGAAGACUGCGCUGCAGUGGGAGCUCUACUUCAGCAGAAGACGCGGAGUCACUAUCCGCAGCAGCAGCAGCAGCAGCAGCAGCAGCAGCAGCAGCAGCAGCGUGAGUGUAGGGUUGGGGGACAAAUCGCAGCUCCGUCUGCUGAUAGAAAAUUCAUCUCCUUGUUCUCCUGAGCUGCGCAGACAGCUGAAGGCAGCACGUGCUGCUGCAGCAGCUGCAGCAAGAGACACACAAACCCCUCCCCACCUCCUAAGUGGGCCCAGCAGCGCCCCCGUCAGCUUCACUUCGGCUUCCCUGCUGCUGCAGCCUCCAGCAGCAGCAGCAGCAGCAGCAUCGGGAGCAGCAGGAAGAAGCCGUUCCAGCGCGACUUCACUGGCCACGAAGAAGCAGACAGCUGCAGCACCUGCUGCUCCAGCUGCUGCUGCAUCCGGUGCACCUGGUGCAGCAGCUGCUGCUGCUGCUGCACUUAAGGGGAGACAAGCAGCCUUUGGCAGGGGUCGUGUGGGCAGCCUCUGCGUUAUUUGCUGCAGGCCUCUUGCUGGGCCUGCUGGGAGGCGCACUGAGUUCAAUACUGCUGCAAAGGCAGCAGCAGCAGCAACAGCAGCAGCAGAUGAGUAUGAAUUAGCUUUCCACUCAGCAGCAGCAGCAACAGCAUUCAGCACAUCCUCACCACAACAAGACACUCCGAGGACAUUUGCUUCGCCAGCAGAAGCAGCCCAGGGAAGUCUAGAGGCUUCUGAAGCGCCAGCAGCAGCAGGAGCUGCUGCUGCUGCUGCUGCUGGUGUAGAUGUAGAGGAACAAGUACAGCCCCAGCAGCAGCAAGAUAAAAUAGUCGUCUUUUGGUGCGGCCACUGCAUGCAUAGCAGCUGCUGCGAGCGCAGCAACGGGCAUACAAACGAGAAAGAUAGAGACAGAGGCCCGUGGGGCCCACCUGCGGGGUGCAGAAGCCCAGCAGCAGCAGCAACAGCAACAGCAGCAGAAGAUUGCUGCAUCCAUCGCUCUGACAGCCAUGGAGAGAACUGA